UUGGACCCUCCCGUGCAUCAGUGCCCGCCGCGCAUCACUGCAUCACACUGUCGUCAUUGCGGGCGGCCUGGCAGCAGCUCGCCGCGCGCGCUCGGUCGUCGUCGUUUGGUCGCUGCGGGAGCUCUACAUCUCGUCCUCUGCGGCGUCGUCCAAUUAGGGGACGAUGACCGUCCACUGCAUCCUCAUGAUCUGCAUCCACUCGCUCACUCCCUCGGCUGACUUGACGAUCAUCAUGCUGGUCUCUCCUCCCCGGCCAAAAAGUCUUCUGCAGCCAUUAACUUGUUUGCAUCACCUUCCGCCGCACAUCUCCACGGCUUUGUCACUAGCUGCAUAGCUAGCCCCGAAGAUGGCAGACCGGACAUGGAUGUACCCUAAGAACCGCACAUGUGGUGAGUACUUGACUGGUUUGAAGUCAUUCAUAGAUGCAGCAGAGACAGAUAAGUUGAAGCAGGUCAAGUCCGCCAUAAGUUGUCCAUGUGUUGACUGUGAGAAUGACAUACAAUUCUCAAGUUCAGUUCAUGUCCAUGCCCAUUUGAUCAUUCGAGGUUUCAUGGAUGACUACAUUUGUUGGAAUAUGCAUGGAGAAGAAAGUUGUAAUGUUCGAGACCUUGAGGCCGACCGUAUGCAUCAAGAAACCGCUUGUAACGAACAAUCUGGAAAAUUUUAUGCUUGUCAAGAUGAGGAGGAAGUACACUCUGACAAUCAAGCUGUUGGGAAUGAUCUUAGUGAAGAUGACCUAAUACAAAUCGGUGACAACUAUGUCCAUGUCGCUGAUCAAUUGGAGGAGAUGGUGCGUGAUGCCAUGGGGUAUGAUGGGCAUACUAUUUUGGAGUUCGAGAAACUGAAAAAGUUGGUGACAAACAUGAAGACACCACUCUAUCCGGGCUGCAAAGGGAAGUACACGAAACUCUUCGCAUCACUCAAACUUCUCCAACUGAAGGCAACCCACCAUAUGACUGAUCGGGGUUUCAAGGCUUUGGUGGACCUGCUAAGGGACAUGUUGCUAGAAGAGAAUGAGAUACCUAAGACAACCUACGAGGCCAAGCAAAUCAUUUGCCCUUUGGGAUUGGAGGGCGAGAAGAUACAUGCUUGUAAGAAUGAUUGCAUUCUAUUUCGUGGCGACCAUGCUAACGACACCGAAUGCCCAAAGUAUCAAAUGUCUCGAUAUAAGCAAAGAAAUGCUGGUGGUGAUGAGGUAAGGAGGCAUGGAGCUCCUCAAAAGGUGGCCUGGUAUUUCCCUUUGAUUCCUCGCUUUGAGGCGUUUGUUUGCAUCAAGAAAGGACGUGCAGCUGUUGCGUUGGCACAUGGAGGGCCGGAAGCAGGAUGAUUACAUACGACACCUAGCAGAUUCGAUAUAGUGGCACAUCAUUAAUCACAAAUAUGGUCAAUUUGCUGAUGAUCCAAGGAAUCUUCGAUUUGGAUUAAGAACAGAUGGGAUGAAUCCAUUCGGUCAGAUGAGUAGCUCACACAGUGUCUGGCCAGUGUUAGUGUUGAUCUACAAUCUUCCGCCUUGGCUUUGCAACAAGAGAAAAUACAUGAUGAUGUCAAUGAUCAUCUCAGGUCCGCAUCAGCCAGGCGUUGAUAUCGACGUGUAUAUGAGACCAUUGGUGGAUGAUCUGAAAACACUAUGGUCAGAAGGACAAAUUUUUUUUCUAUGGCGCAGCAGCUUUCUAAUAUUGUUAGAUAAAAUUAUACAUCGAUACUGAAAUGAAAUUCUAGCUUAGUUCAAUGGUUUGGCAGCGCUGUCUUAAGUCUGGGGUCGCGAGUUCGAGUCCCAAAAGAGGGACCUUUUUUCUUUCUAUUUUUGCUAUUUCCGUGGGCCGGCGAGGCCCAAAAGAGCUAGGGUUCAGUGGGGUGUGCCGCUCCUUCCCUCCCAUCCCGCCCGCCUCUCCUCUUGCACCCGACCGGAUCUGGGCCCUCUCCUCCCUGCUGUGACCACCGCCGGUAGGCAGGUAGCCAUAAGCAGGCCUACUAGGAAGCGCCGCCCUCGCCCUUCUCCUCCAUCGAGCAUGAAGACAGUGCUCCAUCUCACGCGGAGGCGCAGGCGUCCAAGA